AUCUGAUUAAGUGCUUGUCGAUCUGAGUUGUAUGUUGAUAACGAGCAAUAGACAGCUGAACUCAGAGCUCAGUCUUUUACAGAUGGGAAGGAGAAACUGACUGCUUCCAAAGGCUUCCUGAUAGACCUUGCUGCGCCGGACAAUGACUACUGCACCUGGUGAGCUGGAUGAGCUGUGCUUCCUCACGGCUCAGUCCAUGACAUCGCUGGUGACAUCAGAGCACUUCAAGCUCAUCAAAAAGCUGGGAGAGGGUUCAUACGGCAAGGUGAUGCUGGCAGUGCAUCAGAGGAGAGGAACUCCGAUGGCCCUGAAGUUCUUCCCGCGGCGCUCCACUACUCUGCAGGCAUUUCUGCGUGAAUAUAACCUGUCGGUCUGCUUCUGCACGCAUCCAUCUCUGACCCGGGCACUGGGCAUCUUCUACUCCACUCCCUCUCACUACGUCUUCGCCCAGGAGGCUGGUCUCUAUGGUGACCUCUAUAAUGUCAUCGUCUCAGAGGCGGGUGUAAGUGAGCACUGCACCCAGCGGGUGAUGUCUCAGCUGAGCAGUGCCGUCUCUCACCUGCACUCGCUGGGCUUCGUCCACCGCGACAUCAAGCCAGAGAACAUCUUCCUAUGCGACCGCUCCUGCCAUUGGGUCAAACUGGGCGACUUCGGCCUGGCGCGACCACAGGGCACAGAGGUCCGCGCCGUCUGGUACAACUCCCCCUUCUGCGUGCCCGAAGUGGAGCCUGCCAAGACACUCAGCGAGACAGAAGACGACAUCUGGAUGACUGUGGAACCCAGUCUGGAUACCUGGGCUUUAGGGAUCCUCAUUUACUGCCUGCUGACCAGCUGCUUCCCUUGGGAGGAGAGCACUUCUGAUGACCCGUCCUACUGUAAAUACAUAGACUGGUUCAAUCGGGUCGGUCAGAGAGAUGCGGGCGAAGUAGGAGUAGCUGAUCAGUUUGACUCUUUGAGCUCACUGGUGCUCGAGCUGCUAAGGAAACUACUCAACCCAGAGCCCAGGCUUCGUCCCAGGCCUGACGAGAUCCUGUCUUACCUUGGAGGAGCCUGGCUACUGAAGACGGAGAAAGAGGAGAAGCGUAGAGAGGAGGAGGCACGUGUGGAGGCCAAGAAGAUGGUGGACAGAGGAGGAGUGGAAAAGGAGAAGGAGAUCCUGGGACGGAGAGAGAGAUGAAAGGUCAUGAACAAUGGCAGUGUUAUAAACAGAUGUACUUUAUUUCUACAAUUUAUAGUAUUUUUGUAGGUUUUGUAUAGUGGGUUUUAUUGUGAAUUACUGUAUGUAAAUAUAUGUGAACUUUUUUUUAAAAGAUGUAGAAUUUUUGCAAACUUGUUGUACAGUGGUUGCCCAAAAUAUUAUAAAUCAAUAUGUAUAUAUAGAUAUUUAUAUAUUAUGAUUAAAUAUAGAAGGAAAAUAUUGACACAAACAAACACAUUCUCAAAUAACGUUGUUCAAAGUGAGAUUUCAGUAAUGGUAAAUAAAUAAAUAAAU